AUGUCCAAGGAAUUUCAGUUACAGCUAAUACGCAAAACACUUAGCGAACUUGGCCAGUUCCUGGCUGUGGAAGAAUUAGCGAAAAACUCUCCUCCUUCAGAAUGGAAAGAGAACUCAUUUUGGGUGCUUUCCACAGCUAUAAAAGAGAAUCUAGCUGUGGGAAACUAUGCAGCUAUCCUUUCACUAUUCCUGUCUUCUCCUGAUGAAUUCACGUUUGAUACCGCUCUAAGCUCUGCGUUGGAGCAUAUCUCAUCCAGCCUUCGAAGUAUCGCUCUUUAUUUGACAACGAGAACACAGUUUUUGGAGAAGGUACUUCUGUCUGCUUUUGGGCACGAACCCGUUUCGGCACAAGAUCUUGUUCAUUUCCUUCAAAACCUGGUCGCAUCAGCAUAUAACAAGCUUGACCUACUGGGAUAUUCUGGUCCGCUUGCAUCAAAACUUACACGGGAAAAGGAAGGUUCUAUAUUAUUACCUUUAACAAUGACUAAUCUUUCUCCCGAAAAUGCAAUUAAGGUGCUUGAUCCCACAGUUGUACUCACAAAGGACCUGACUAUGAAUGACUUGGAUACACCAAAGUUUUCUGCUUAUGCACAUUGUUUGCGAAACUCGUUGUUAUCACUCUUACAAGAACUUUUCCAGCCCUUGAAUACAAAGGAUGGAAAUCAUUUCGAGAUUCCUGACAAUUGUCUUGCCGAUUUGAUUCAUGAUGCUCUACUUUACAGAUCAUCCCAUAAUAUCUUCUAUUUGCCGCCUAGAACUCAACCUUUAGAUGCAAAGGAUUGGCCUCUUCGCUUAUUGGAUUCUGGCUCCCAGCAUGCUUCUAGGAAUGAUCUUCCCAUUAGUCUCUUGCACACCCUUUCAGAGCACUCAGAUGAGGUUUGGUUCACAAGGUUCUCCCCGCUGGGCCGUUUCCUAGCUACAGGAUCUCUUGACGGUACAUGUAUCAUAUACGAUGUUGUGAACGGAUUUAAAGUGGUGGCUACGCUUGACGCUACGGCUGAAAACGAAGAUCUUGUUUUUCUUGCUGGAAGCCAUAAACCAGAUCUCGAUAAGAAGAAGGGUAUCAUAUACUUAUGCUGGGAACCUUAUGAGCGGUACAUUGUUACAUGUUGUCUUGAUACAGUGAUUCGUAUUUGGAAAAUCGAGAACCUUCACAUUCACAAACGUAUGGCGACACCAGUGGGUGGCUCCAAACCUGCUUCCUUAGUGACUUGUUUUACUUUGGGAGAAAGAAUGCGCACCUGGCCUUGUCAAUUUCUUAACUACGAGAAAGAAUUAAGCCCACACUUUAUUGUUGGUUCUCCCGACAAAGUAUUAAAGGUAUUUGCAAUAGAUGGGUCAGAAGUUUUAGAUUUUUACAGUGAUGCAGAUGAGCGGCUGGCGAUAUUGGAGCACCAACCAUCUUCUGCUAGUGGUUCUAUAUCGUCUGCCAGUGAGACAGGUGAAACCAAAUCGGAGACGCCGAAGAAAGAAGAGCUGUACACAUCGAACAGCAUAAGCCAAUUCAAUCGCAUUAAUGAUUUUUCAAUAACACCUAAUGGCAAGGUCUUGAUUACAGCAAAUAACGACAAGCAAGUCCAUUUCUACAAAAUUCCAAACAUGUUUGAUCCAGCCGCAACCACAGCUUUGAUCGCUCUGUUAACUCUUAAUGGAAGAUUGACAUCCUGUUCCGUCUCUGCUAGUGGCCAAUACCUCUUAUUAAGUGUGGCCCCAGAAGAACUUCAAGUGUGGGAUAUAUCGCCUCUACAAAAGUUUGAGAAACCAUUUUUAAAGCAAAAAUUUUUGGGCCAGAGCCAGGCGAUAUACAUGGUUCGAUCUUGUUUUGGAUACUUAAAGACCUCCGAUCGAAAAGAAGAAUUGGUUUUAAGCGGAAGCGACGACGGUUACAUUUAUAUUUGGAAACUCGAGACUGGACAGUUUGUGACACGAGUUAAAGGUCACCAUGGGUUAUGCAACUCAGUUGAUUGGAAUCGCUUCUACGUGCCGGAGGACUCGUCAGCCAUUGACUAUGGCACCUAUUGGAGUUCCGUUGGUGAUGAUAAGCUCGUCAAAAUUUGGGGUCCCCUGUCUUAA